CCUCCUUCCAUAAAGUUGUUGUCACCAAUUCCGAGGAAACAUAUGUUUUAAUUAUUAUCAGAGUUUCUCAUCCAAAAUAAAUUCUUUUUUUCUUAUUCUUUCAAUUGAGUUUCUCUUUCAGUGUGAACCUUUUCUUCCUGUUCUUGAUUCCAUAGACUCUCUUAGUAAUAUUUUCCUAUUGAAAAUUAAGGAUUAACCAUGAUUUUGUUCUGGUGACAAUUAACAACCUAAAUUACCAUUGGAAUAAUUAAAGAUCAAUUAAUUGCUGCUUCUUUUCACCAUAGACAAUGAUUGCUUUUCAUCUGCUGGUCAAUUUUGUACUUCCCAAUGUAAAAUAAUUCAGGUAUCUACUAUUGACAAGGUUAAUUUUGACAUUGUAUCAACCUAAUUGGAGUAUAAAGGGACCAAUAAACAGUGACAAUCAAUAAAAUACAAAACAAUCAACUAAUAAACGAAGAGAUAAAAAGAGAAUAGUGAAAACGAAUCAAAAAAUUGCCAAAAAAAUCACUUCAACUGCCAACACUUGACAAUACUUACUCGAUUGAUUGUUGUUACUUUUUUUACUCCAUCUUAUUUGUCAAUAUUAUCAAUUUGAGUGAUCAAAAUCAAGGCCUGAUAUUAAAAGAAUCGAUUGGUUAAUGAUGACCGGAAAAAAUCAACUUCCCAAUCAUAGCCCUUCGGCUCCUGAUUAUGAUUAUUUGAUUAAAUUUUUGUCUCUUGGUGAUUCGGGAGUGGGUAAGACAAGUUUCCUUUACCAAUAUACUGAUGGUUCAUUUGAUGGUAAAUUUAUAUCAACCGUUGGAAUUGAUUUCAGGGAGAAAAGAGUUGUUUAUAAGCCACAAAAUUUAGACGGAGUUUCAAGGAGAAGUCAACGGAUUCACCUUCAACUAUGGGACACUGCAGGUCAAGAAAGAUUUCGUAGUUUAACAACGGCUUUUUUUCGUGAUGCAAUGGGCUUCAUUUUGAUCUUCGAUAUAACAAGUGAACAAUCAUUUAUCAAUAUUCGUGGUUGGUUAGAUCAAUUAAAGACUCAUGCUUAUUGUAACGAUCCCGAUGUAAUACUUUGUGGUAAUAAGGUUGAUCUAUUUGAGAAACGAGUUGUUUCCGAGGAACGAGCUAAACAAGAGGCACAAAAAUAUGGGCUUCCUUAUUUCGAAACCAGUGCCGCGACUGGUUUGAAUGUGGCCAAAGCGAUCGACACCUUAUUAGAUCUUGUUAUGGUUCGGAUGCAACGAGUGGUCGAAAGUAGUUUAUUCCUGUCAACACGGGCGCUGACGGGAAAUUGCGGGUCGACCUUAAAAUUGGAAGAGGACGACGAAUCCAAAUCUAAAUCAUCUUGUUCUUCGUGUUGAUUAACCUGGUUCUUGGUGCCUUGAACAAUUUAAUUUGAUCACUUUUAUCAUCAUCAUACAUCUUAAGUGGUCAAUUUAAAACUCCGACAAUAAUAUAAACAGAAAAAGUUAAACCAUAAACACAAAUCGUAUUUAAUUAUUGGAUUAAUUUUCUCUAUCGACAAAAAUAAAUGGAAAUCAAACAAAUCAACAUGGACCAAAUGAUCGUGAUUUUUAAUUACAAAAAUCAAAACACAAUUAACAUUCUUCAUCAACUAUAUUGAUUGUAAUCAUUUCUAAUAUUUAAAAUGAUCAGUUGAUUGAUAUGAUUAUAAUCAUUGACUUUUGAACAAAUCUGUUAAUCAAAUAAUGGCCUCAAAUUUUAAGACAUUUCAUUCAAAUCAAAUCAAAUCAAAUCAAAUUAAAUCAGUUUAAUUACCUAUCAAGAGUUAUCAAGUCAAUCAAAUUUAAUCAACUGGUCUAAAUGGUGAACUUGAUUUGAUUAAAUUAAUUGUUUCUCCAUCUCGUUGACAGUUAAAUUUUUUCCCCUUUCAAAUUUAUUUCUAGUCCAAAAUGUGAAUCAAUUAAUUAAUCACAGAGAAAUUUACUAAUGACUAAAUGAAUUAUUAUUCUGUAUAUAAAUAAAGUCAAUUAAUUGAACAAAUUGA